CGCUUAAUUUAAUCGAACGUUUAACUUUUUAUAUAUUGUUGGUAACUUUCUAGGUUUGCAUUUUUUCGCCUAUGAAAAUUCCGUCUCUCUCUCGGGAUACCUGAAACGAACGAAAGCUACCUACAGCGCAGGCUCAUUUCUGGUCAGCUAAAGGUAAAAUGGCGGACAAAGUGAGAGAAAAGACGAUCGUUCAUAAAAAAUUAUACGACAAAAAGAUAUGAAUGUUCAAUAUGUAGAUUAGUUUUCGCUGGAUUUUGAGGCUAAUUUUUCGCCGCAGUGUUAUUUUCAUAUGGAUACCGUGAAAGAACUACAAGAAAUUUCAGAAGAAUUACAAGACAUUGAGGUGCAAAUAGAAAGCUUGCUAGAACGGCAACAAUUUCUUCUUUCUCGCAAACAAGAACUAGAAGUGAUUGCCUUAUCCAACUCAAAUGACUCAGUUCUUCUUUCUUUCUCUUCAAAUGUUGCUUGCGCGCAAGGAUCGGAUUGGUCUUCAACGGCGUUUUCGUGGUCUCAAGAGGUCGAGGCGGCUUUGAAAAACGUGUUCAAAAUAGACACAUUUCGUCACCUGCAGCUAGAAUGUAUCAAUGCAACUAUGUCUGGUGUUGAUUGUAUCCUCAUCAUGCCCACAGGAGGUGGGAAGAGCCUUUGUUUUCAACUACCCGCCGUUGUUUCUAAAGGAUUAACUCUGGUUGUUUCUCCUCUGGUUUCAUUAAUGGAGGAUCAGCUAUGGGCUUUGAAGAGGCUUGGAAUAAAAGCAGCACUGCUAAAUGCGAGUAGCACAAGAGAAGAAGUGAACUCUGUACAUGCAUCCAUUGUGGAUAAGAAAUCUGAUCUCAAAAUGCUGUAUGUUACACCAGAGAAGAUUGCAAAGAGCAAGAGAUUCAUGGCGAAGCUUGAGAAAUCAUAUGAGUCUGGUCUGCUUUCCAGGAUUGUGAUAGACGAGGUUCACUGUACAAGCCAGUGGGGUCAUGACUUUAGACCUGAUUAUAAGAUACUUGGUAUACUCAAAAGACAAUAUCCUGGGGUACCUAUCCUGGGACUCACCGCUACAGCCACGACUAAAGUCAUAGAGGAUGUAAAGAAGAUUCUAGGGCUUCAUGCAGACUGUCUUCUCCUCAAAGCAUCAUUUAACAGACCAAACCUUUUCUAUGAGGUUCAGUCAAAGCCCACCACAAACAGUGCAUUUAUGAGCACUAUUCAUCAGUUAAUUACUAAGAGGUUCUCUGGAGAUUCGGGCAUCAUAUACUGCUUCUCAAGAAAGGAUGCAGAGCAAGUUGCCAUAGAGAUGUCAUCCAGAGGAAUCAAGGCUGCCUGUUACCAUGCCGAUAUGCCACCAGAAAGUCGCAGUCAAGUGCACAUGGCAUGGACAACUAAUAAACUACAAGUUGUUGUUGCUACUGUGGCCUUUGGUAUGGGGAUUGACAAAUCCAAUGUGCGGUUUGUUAUUCACCACAGCUUCAGUAAAUCCAUGGAGAACUACUAUCAGGAGAGUGGCAGGGCGGGGCGGGACGAGAAGCGUGCUUCCUGUAUCGUGUUUUACAGACCAUUUGACAUAUUCAGGCAUUCCACCAUGGUAUUUACUGAACAGACAGGCCUACAAAAUCUGUAUGGAAUAGUGAGGUACUGCCAGCAACAGGGUGUUUGUAGGCGCACUCUGAUUGGACGGCACUUUGGAGAAGGGUGGGACCCCGCCCAGUGCAAGCAGAUGUGCGAUAACUGCUCAAGGAGAGACGAUGAGAGAGGUCUUAAUGAGCUACACGACAUCACCCAGUACGCCUCAGAUCUACUAAAGAUCCUUGAACAAGCAAAAGCUGCAGGUGACCGGGUCACCGCGAACAAACUCGUAGAUGCCUGGUGUGGGCGUGGCGCGGUGUCACUGCGUGUCAGGGGCGUGUCAGCACCCUCUUUGACCCCCAGUGAGUGUGAGAGGGUGGUGGUGCACCUAGUGGUAGAGGGUGUCUUGAGGGAGGAGUUUCACUUUACACCCUACUCGACCAUCAGUUACAUUGUUAAGGGUGCUAAUGCUGGUAUGCUGUCAAGAGGGAAGGCCAUGAGUUUGGAGCUUGCGCGUGGAGGGGGCCGCCUAUCUAAGGGGAAAACGGCACAAAAAGACAGGACAAACCCGAGAUCAACAAACAGCGAUGCAUCAUCACCAGGAAGCACAAAGGAAGCAUCUAAAAAAACUAAAUCUACCAAGAGGAAAGCGGUCGAUAACUCCACGGAUUAUUCCAACCACAGCGAGUUCCAAGCGAAGAGAAAAACGAGUAAAAGCCAGAAGGGAAUCGUCAUGGAUUCGGAUUCCGACGAUAAUGAUGCCAAUGGUGUUAUUUGGUUAGAAUAAAACACUUUCGCUUAUGGACGAUUAUUCUAUUUAUCGAGUCAAGUCAGGACGAUGUAUGGAGGGUGUAACAAUGUUGCUACGAGUAUUCGGUCUGGUUAAGCCAACAGACACCAUAGUAAAUUAUAAACUUUAUAUUAA